GCCAGAAGCAUUGAAAAGAUGUCUAAAGCCCAAUGGUUUAGACCUUAAUUGUACAUUUCGGUAAGCAGAUCAUCCGGAUCCACUGGGUGAGAGCUUCCGUUUCUGAAGCCCAAAAAUGGCUACUUCAGUCUCCAGAACCAUCUUUCUCCUUCGUUCAAUCACUCAUCAACAUAGAGCCCCCUAUCUAUCUCCACUAUCCAAAUCUCGAAUCCCUUGUUUGUUUGCCCACAAACCCAAGGUUCAGAUUAGCCGCUUGUUUGCAUCUUCAUUGAUGGCUUCCGGGUCGAAAGAGUCUCCUUCCAAUAACCCGGGCCUUCAGGCUACCCCUGAUGAUGCCACCAAAGGUUACCUCUUGCAGCAAACUAUGUUCAGGAUUAAGGACCCAAAAGUCAGUCUUGAGUUCUACUCCAAAGUGUUGGGCAUGUCAUUGUUGAAGAGAUUGGAUUUUCCAGAGAUGAAAUUUAGCCUAUAUUUCAUGGGAUAUGAGGACACAUCAUCAGCUCCCACUGAUCCAGCUGAUCGUGUUGCUUGGACUUUUGGUCAAAAAGCUACUCUAGAGCUUACACAUAAUUGGGGUACUGAGAGCGAUCCAAAUUUCAAGGGUUACCACAAUGGAAAUACAGAGCCUCGUGGAUUUGGACACAUAGGUAUUACUGUUGAUGAUGUAUACAAGGCCUGUGAGAGAUUUGAGAAACUGGGUGUGGAAUUUGUAAAGAGACCCACUGAUGGAAAAAUGAAGAGUAUAGCAUUCAUCAAAGAUCCUGAUGGGUAUUGGAUAGAGAUCUUUGAUACUAUUUCUAUCAAGGAGGCUACAUCUGAUGCUGCUUGAUUCGCCACCUUCUGCAUUUCAGGAGUAAGAGUUGAAUAAUCAAUUCCCAGACUUGUUUGUUAGUUGUCACUGUUAUCUUGAAUGGGAAGAGUGGAGAUAUUUGAAUAACAUCAGGAUAUGUUUGAAUGGACCAGAUGAACCGUGGAGAAAUUACCGCUUACCUGCCUUAUUUGGGGCAAAAGUUUACGUAGGUGUAACUUUGUAAGUGUGAUCUGUGAUGAGGAAUUGGAGGAAGGACCAUAUGAAUAUAUUACUCCCCUUUCAAGAUGAGAGAUUUUUAAGCUCAACAUUCUCUGAUGUAAAAGUUUUUUAAGAAAAAAGGAAGAACUACCAAAUAUACCCUACUUAUUACUCCAAUACUGCAGUCAACUAAACCCUCAACAUUCCAAAUGACGAUUUAUCCGGUGAAUAAUAGGCUUUCCGGUGAAGAUGUUUGCAAUUUUGCAUGGCAUUCAUCAAUUCUUAU